AAUCCCGUUGCUUUCUUGGAUCUGAGGAUGAGACCGAUAAAGGAUGAAGAAACCCUAUAUAUUCAGAUCAUCGCCGUUCCAUAACCAUUUGAAUAGCUCAGGCAGAAAGUAGUGUCUUAUCUUCAAUCUGUUAUCUUUACGUCUCUUUCCGUUGCAACGUUUUUCUACAGAACAGACUCAUUUUUGGACAACCUUAAUCAAACACUUUGUUAUUGACUUGAGCGUCGAAGCGAAUCGUUUCCUCAGAACCGACAGGAUAAGUGACGUGGUGAGAUCAGGUGAAGAUGCUGCGCUCCCAGCUGCAGGUGCUUCUUGUGGCUCUGUCCUCGUCUGUGUUGCUGGCGAGGGUCAGCAGCACUCCACACAGACACAUUCGGACUGAACUGCUAAGGCCAGACACAACCCAGGAGAACGAGGAUCUCACCCGCCUGCUCCUGCUGAAGCUCAUGGCUGACCCUGUGACCGUGGGGGAGAAUGAGGUACUAACCAGCAUCGAGGAGGAGUUAGGACUCAGGGAGGAGGUGACGAGGCGCCAGCUACCUUUAUCCCAGCGAGAACGCAAGGCAGGCUGCCGGAACUUCUUUUGGAAGACUUUCACUUCAUGUUAACGUCUGGUCACAGAUCUCUUAAAGACAGCACAGUACUUAUAGCUCUGUCACACAAUGUUAAUAUAUUUCACACUUUAUUCUUUCAAAAUGUGUAGAAUGUCAGUUCCUUUGUCUUUGGGGCACCUCCUCUUCAAUUCUGGAUCAGUGUGAAAUUGAGAGUUUGUCCCUAUUCCUCUGUUGCCUGUGGCUUAUCAUUGUAACAUACAUGGUAUGGGCGUUGAUUAAUCGGAUUAGGAAGUAUGGAUGGCGACUUUGGGGUCUUAAAGACAAGGUGUCACAGUUUGCUCUUGUGCAAAUGCUGACAGCAUUGGGAAACUAUACAGGAUAAGACUCCCUGUAAAAGUGUCUCCCCUCCCCAUAAAAACUGCUGAUUAAUUAAAAAGGUGUUCUUGUUUAUUCUCAGGCUAGAUGCUAUUGGUUUUCUUUCCCCAAAUCUAAAUGAGUGCACUGCAUAUGUUUUGAGGUGUGAUAUACACUUAAAAAAAAAUACAUAGUUACUGUUUGUUUAAUAAGAAUGAUGGUUUAUUGUUUUGAUUAUGUACUACAAUCAGAAUUGGGGGGGGGGGGGGGUGCAGACACACCAAACGCGCACGCAUGCCCGAGCGCACACACAAUUCCCAUCAACACACAGGUUAACAAAGUAACAUAAAAAAAUGAUGAAAAGAAAUAAUGGUGUGAAUUAUUUUGCCAUUUGCACCACACCUUGUACUAAAGGUGCCAAAGAAAUGUCAAAAGGAGAAAUGGUAAACAGAAAGCAAUUAUUUUACUUAUAAUGAGAAACAUUGGGUUGGGAAAUACAUUGUAUUAUGACUGUUCUGAAUAUAACUUCCCUAGUUAAAAGCUAACUACUAAUAACUGAAUACCACAGAUGAACUGAACAUGUACAACACAAGAGGAAAUAAAUAGAUGCAUGGCAAAAUGUAAGUCACAGGGUUCCACAAUUGUGCUGAUUGAUCAUAACUCAAGAGUACAAUCAAUUAAUGUAACCAAACAUGAUACAAGAAAAAAUACAAUACAAAGAAAUGUCUUGGAGACUGAGGGAUUGGCAUCAAACUUGAUGACUAAAAGGUUUUCCUUAGCCCUUGGAAAAAAAAUUGAUCAUUUGGAGUAAGACGGGGAGACAGAAGAUAAACGUUAUCAAAACAUUGUGAAAAACGUACAGGUAAAUUGGCUAAUUGUCAAAUUAGUUCAUGACGUGUCAGAGUAAGGGUAAACAAAACACAAACUUUUUACAAAAAAGAAAAAAAAACACCAGGACGUAUUUUGUUCAUCAGACAGCUCCAUGUCUGGUGAGCACCCUGUUUCUUAAGACAGUGGCACGCAUUUCACUUCAUUGCACCUUCAUCGUAAAUGUAACAGUCAAGUAUCAAAUCGACACAUUUUCGAAAUUAAACGCAAGACAGAAAGCUCUCGUACUAAGAGCAUUGAGUUGCGUGCCUUGCAAAACUAAAACUUGGCCUAUUGAAAAUAAGGAUUUGGCUGGUAUAAAAA